CACGAGCUCCAACGAGCCACAUCAAAAUUAGCCUCACAAUCAACUCCCAGUUUUGGCUCUUGCCUGGCUUCGAUUUCACCGCUUUCCGUUAAUCCGCGUGCUUUUAGCGGCUUUUCUUUCUCUCUCUCUAUCUCCCUGAUUGUUCUUUCUUUAACAUUUGCUCUCUCAGGCCCCUUCUCGCUUCUUUUUCCUGUUUCUAUCAGGAAUUUCGAAACCUCUUCAUAUUUAUUGUUCUUCCUGCCUUAUUUACUCACCAGUUAAUUCCAUCCCUUAAUCGUCCAUUUGAUUUCAACAUUUGGUCUUCUUUUUCCCAUUUUUUUUUAGGAUUCAGUCAUUACUAUUGAGGGUUUGAUUCUGUAAAUCAAUCCACUUACAUCCAUUAAAGCUCUUGGUUGAGACAAUGGUGAAACAUUGCUUCCCGGAAUGAUUUUUGCUUUUGUAGCUCUCUUGAUUUGGGGAUCGUUCUUCCAAGAGCAGUCAUAAAAGUGAUCAGGUUGUUGAGAUGUUAGGGAGUCCUCAGCAUCUGAAGAUAUCAGCUAGAUGGGACCCGCAUGAAGCGUGCAGGCCUUUAAUUGACGAAGCACCUGUAUUUUAUCCAACCGUUGAGGAAUUUGAAGAUACACUUGGGUACAUAGCUAAGAUUCGUCUUCAAGCAGAAGCUUAUGGUAUAUGCCGGAUUGUCCCCCCGCCUUCUUGGAAUCCACCAUGCGUUCUCAAGGAGAAAUGCAUAUGGGAAAAUGACAAAUUUUCUACUCGUAUUCAGCAACUUGAUUUGCUACAAAAUAGGGAGCCCAUGAAAAAGAAGAGUAGAGGUAGAAAACGCAAGCGAAGGAAGCAGUCAAGAGCAGGGGCAUCAGUUAGAAACACCAAUCUUGGUGUAGAAGCAAACCCUUCUUCUGGGUCUGAUAAAAAAUUUGGAUUCAAUUCGGGACCAGACUUCACACUCAAGGAAUUCCAGGCAUAUGCAGACUACUUUAAGGAAUGUUAUUUUGGAAUUAAGCAGGCUCAAGAGGAUUUAAAUUUUGAUAUCAAAUCUAGCCAGAGAAGGGAGCCUUCUGUGGAGGAUAUUGAGGGUGAAUACUGGCGGAUAGUUGAAAAGUCUACAGAUGAGGUCGAGGUUUACUAUGGAGCUGAUAUAGAAUCAGGAACGUUCGCCAGUGGCUUUCCCAAGGCCUCAUCGAUGGUAACUGAAGGAAUUUCAGAUCCAUAUGUAAAGUCUGGUUGGAAUCUGAAUAACUUCCCUCGCUUGCCAGGUUCUGUUCUGUGUUUUGAGGAAAGUGAUAUUUCUGGAGUCCUAGUUCCAUGGCUGUAUGUCGGAAUGUUCUUUUCAUCAUUUUGUUGGCAUGUUGAAGACCACCAUCUUUACUCUUUAAACUAUAUGCACUGGGGCGAUCCAAAAGUAUGGUAUGGAGUUCCUGGAAGCUACGCACCUUCUUUGGAAGCUGCAAUGAAAAAACAUUUGCCCGACUUAUUUGAAGAACACCCAGAUUUACUUCAUGACUUGGUCACUCAAUUAUCUCCUUCAAUACUCAAAUCUGAAGGAGUACCUGUGUAUCGAGUGGUCCAAAAUUCCAGGGAGUUUGUUCUUACCUUUCCCAGGGCAUAUCACGCAGGAUUUAAUUGUGGUUUCAACUGUGCCGAGGCUGUGAAUGUGGCACCGGUGGACUGGUUGAUUCAUGGGCAAAAUGCUAUUGAACUUUAUAGUGCACAACGACAUAGGACAUCACUUUCACAUGAUAAAUUGUUAAUGGGAUCAGCUCGGGAAGCUGCCCAGGCCCUUUGGGAGCUAUUAGUUCUUGAAAAGAGGACUCCAAGUAAUCAGAGUUGGAUAAGUGUGUGUGGAAAAGAUGGAGAUCUUACAAAAGUGAUCAAGACAAGGGUAAAGAUGGAGGAGGAAAGAAUGAAUUGCCUUCCAACUCUUAUGAAGGUGCAAAAGAUGGAAAACGAGAUUGAUUGCAAAAGCGAAAGAGAGUGUUACGCCUGCUUCUACGACUUAUAUCUCUCUUCAACCUCGUGCAAGUGUUCCCCCGAUCGAUUCUCAUGCCUUAAGCAUGCUAGUAACUUUUGCUCUUGUCCAGUAGACGACAGGUGUGUUCUCUUUCGCUACAGUAUAAACGAGCUGCACACACUUGUUGGAGCAUUAGAAGGGGGAUUAGAUGCCAUUAAAGAAUGGGCCUCGAGAUACUGUGAAAUGGGAAACGACAAUGGAUCUGUAGCUAAGGUAAUUGGAAAUUCAUCUUGGUCUCCAGAAUAAUAGCUUUAAUGCAUUGUAAAUGGUGAAGUAAGGGUAUUAAUAAAGACGAGGCGGGACAGGAGUGAGCAGAUAAUCAUUGAUUUGGAGGAAACGUAGAGUUUGGUGUUUGAAGAAAAGGACGUUUGUAAAGCAGCACAUGAAGAAAAAGACACCGCCAUGUUCUUGGAAUUUGGUUCCUUUUGUUGAACCUACAAAUAUUGGAACAAUUAUGUUUGGAAAGCCUUGCACCGCCAGAAAGCCAUAUUUCCAAAAGGUUUUAGAAGCCGAGAGAAAUUCUUUAGUGUGCGUAAUCCAACUAAUAUUGUUACCUGCACGUCAGAUGUUCUUGAUGAUGGCCUCCUGGGACCUCUAUUCAAGGUGAGCUUGGAAGAAUCUCCCCGUGAAAGUGGAUUGCUUUUUACAAGUGGAUCAUCAGGUAUAUCAUUGAGUACCCACCAAGGCUAACUAACUGGAGAACAGCCAAGUAUGAAAAUCUGGGAUAAUGACGAUAAUAUAGUUCAGAAUUUAUACUCUCUAUGAACAGUCAUGGAAGAGCUUCUCAGCUUGCUUGAAGUGGUGGUCGUAAAGGUAAACAAUGAUGACACUAAGAUAUGCCUGGAAAUAACAAAUAUAUUAUUUGCAGUAAGUUUCAAUUCUAGAUAGAUAUUAGCACUUUAACUCCUUGCUUUCAAUUAGUAAUUACUCUCUUUCUUUCAUUUAUGUAAAUUUUUUUAACAAUAAACGAACUUUUGGUUGAUAAUAGACAUUCAUUGACUCCUGUAAAUUUACCUGAUAAAUGCAACAGUAAAUCUAAAAAUGAUAGAAA